CCCGUAGAUUGUUCCCCCUCGAUCUCUCCAUCCUCGCGGUCUGUUCGCUUCCUCUGGCAUUCGAUGCCGAUUCCACUCGUUCGCUCGGCCUGAGUUGUCCCUCCCGAUCUGCCGUCUUACCUCGUAUUUGAACUGCUGGAUCUUCGUUCAAUACCCACCUGUCGGGCUGCGUCAUCUGUCCGCGUUGCCAACUUGCCAGUCCUUUCGUCGGUGUUUCCGACUAUGUUCGCCUUUUGAGCCCAGCCUGCCAAUUAUUUACACUUACCAAUUUAAUUUGUACCACACGAGUUGAGCUCUGAGGGAAAGAUCGGGUGGUCAGUUGAAAGUUAUUGAUCUGCAUCUGGAUCUUCGUAUCCGCCACGUACGAUCCCGCUGACUGCGAUCGUUGCAAAGCACUACUGGACCGUGAUCGAAUCUAUUCUGCUAUCCGAUCAUGGAGUUGUCUCGGUUUUGGCGUCCCCGACAGUGGACGCUAUGGCUGCUGUUUGUGUCCUAUGCCUAUGCGUUCUACAUUCCUGGUUACUCCAUCAAGCGCUACAAUGACGACGAACAUAUUCCUCUCCUUGUAAACAAGAUCUUCUCCGACCACACUCAGCUUCAAUAUGCCUACUUUGACUUGCCUUUUGUUUGUCCCCCCAGCGGCAGGUCGCACGGUGGUUCCCCAUUUGGCUCCGGGCAGAGCAUCUCCCUGAACCUGGGAGAGAUUCUCCGAGGCGACCGCAUCAUGACCUCGGAUUUUGAACUCCAGAUGGGCAAAAAUGUCGAAUGCCAGGCGCUCUGUACGCAGGAAAUCGGGCGGAAGGAUGUCAAAUCGAGUCGUCAGCUCAUCCAGGAAGGCUACGUGGCGGAGUGGAUCGCGGACAACUUGCCUGGAGCAACCAGCUUCGUGACCGUUGAUCGUAGUCGCAAGUACUAUGCCACUGGCUUCAAGCUCGGGUUCCAGGAGUUUUCGCCCAUUGACGGAAAGGCGCGCUACUACAUCAACAAUCAUUUCACCAUUGUCAUCCGCUGGCGGUCGGCACCUGAGGGCGGCAAGGUUAUUGUUGGAUUCGAGAUCUAUCCGAAGAGCAUUCGCGCCGCCGAUCAUCUAGAGGGUGGCUGCCCCAAACAAGUGCACGAGGCCCACGACGGAUUGGAAUUGUACAUUCCCCCGAACACGUCCAAGCUGCGCGAGAUGUACCCUGGUUCGUCGUAUAUUCCAGAGGACGAUGACGAGCUCGACGAUGAUGCGACUCUGAAGAUCCCUUACACCUAUUCGGUUUACUUCAAGGAGGAAAACAGCGUCGAAUGGUGGAACCGGUGGGAGCUCUACUUCAGCAACCAGGACGAGGGCUCUACGACUCAUUGGCUUGCUAUUCUCAACUCGAUGACCAUCGCGGGUGUCCUUGGAGUGGCGGUGUACGUUAUCUGGAGCCGGACAGUCCAGGGAGAUAUCAAGGGUCGUGGAGACGGGGCCAUGGAGGAUGGCAAACUCAAAGUUCGGGGCACCAAGUCUCGGUUGGAGAGAAAGGGCGAUGAGCAAGGAGCAGACUUGGAACGGGAUGCGGAUGUCUCAUCCGAUGACGAGGGUCUUGACGAUGUGAGCGGCUGGAAACUCCUUCAUGGGGAUGUGUUUCGGGUGCCCCAGUACAGUGGACUCCUUGCGCCGCUUGUGGGUUCCGGCAUGCAGCUGUUGUUCAUGGUGUCGGGGCUUCUGCUGCUCAGCUGCCUGGGAGUCCUGAACCCCAGUUUCCGGGGCGGGUUCGUCAGCGUUGGCAUGGGCUUGUUUGUCUUUGCUGGUCUUUUCUCGGGGUACUUCUCGGGGCGACUGUAUAAGACUUUUGGCGGCACCUAUUGGCGGAAAAACACCCUUAUUACCGCGUUGUUCUGCCCUGGUUUGGCCUUUUCCCUCAUCUUCAUCCUCAACCUCUUUGUGUGGGCCCAGGCCUCUAGCACCGCCAUUCCAUUCAGCACGCUGGUUGGUCUUUUGGCGCUCUGGUUGCUCAUUCAAGUUCCGCUGGUCUAUGUUGGCAGCUGGUACGGCUACGUGCGUACGACGCCCUGGGAGCACCCGACCAAGACGACGUCAAUUGCGCGUCAGGUCCCGCCGCAGCCCUGGUACCUGCACAGCAUCGGCGGAACGCUCUUGACCGGACUGGGACCGUUUGCUGUAUUGUUCAUUGAGCUUCUGUUUGUGUUCAAGAACCUGUGGCAGGACAAGAGUGGCUAUUACUAUGUGUUUGGCUUCUUGAGCGCUGUUUCGACGGUCCUGAUGGUGACGGUGAGCGAGGUGACCAUUAUCGCGACGUACAGUCAACUUUGCGCGGAGAACUACCACUGGUGGUGGCAGAGCUUCCUCACGGGGGGAAGCAGUGCGUUUUGGGUAUUUGGCUACUGCGUGUGGUACUACAUUUUCCACCUGCACAUCACUGGCUUUGUGUCGAGUCUCCUGUUCUUCAGUUACAGCUUCCUGGCCUGCGCGGUGUAUGGUCUUCUGACGGGCACGGUUGGAUUCUUGACGGCAUAUGCAUUCAUCCGACGGAUUUACAGUUCUGUCAAGGUCGAUUGAAUGCUGCCGAGGCAGAUGACCGGCUGUCAUACCGAUGACUGUCCUACCAUGGAUCGCGAUGCUGGAUCGGUUGACACUGCGUCUGACAUUUCUUUGAGAGAAAAUAGGAUGGCGGCGGGCCUGCAGUGGUGGCCUGUGGCCCUGCU